AUGGAUCAAAGGUGCUGUAGAUCUAAGACUUGUGUAUUUAUCUGUUUCAAACGUCCAAAUUACGACUACGAGUACGAGCUAGUGGCAGUGCAGUGCAGUACGGGAAAGACAUUGUCUUUUGUCAUCCCAAUAGUGCAGGAAUUGCAGUCGGUCCGACCAAAGCUUCAACGAUCUGAUGGAGUUCAUGCCAUAGUUCUGGUUCCAACAAGAGAGUUGGCUCUUCAAUGCUUGGAAGUGUUUCAAUCCUUAGUGAAGCCAUUCUUGUGGCUGGUCCCAGGAGCAGUAAUGGGUGGAGAGAAGAAAAAAAGUGAAAAAGCAAGACUUCGUAAGGGGCUCACUGUGCUGGUGGCCACCCCAGGCAGACUGCUGGACCACAUUGAGAAUACAUCAACGAUGACGCUGUCUGGUGUGCGCUGGCUCAUACUGGAUGAGGCUGACAGGUUAUUGGACAUGGGCUUUGAGAAGGACAUCGCUGCGAUUGUGACCGCUUUAAAUGCUCAGCAGGUAGAUGGCGCCACUUCUCGACGCCAGACGGUGCUGCUGUCUGCCACCCUUACCGCAGGUGUACAUCGCAUGGCCGGCAUGAGUUUGCGAGACCCGGAGCAGGUAUUUGUGGGUGCGGACGCGCCCGUGCGUGCGGAACCAGCAAGCAGCAGCACAGCGACAGGUUCGGAAGGCUUCACCCUGCCGGACCAGCUGGGACAGGAAUUUGUCAUCGUGCCCAGCAAACUAAGACUGGUCACCCUCACUGCUUUCAUCCUCUCAAAAUGCAAGCUAGCGAAAGCAGGCAAGCUGCUCGUGUUUCUGUCGACGCAGGAUUCGGUGGACUUCCAUUACAAACUCCUCGACGGCAUCCUGAACCACAGUGCCGGUGGCGCCACCACGGCAUUGCCCGAUGACGUCGGCGACACCGAUGCCUCAGCCAGCUCCCUCCUACCAAAGAUAAGCGAGGAUGAUGAAGUGAAGUUCUUCAGGCUCCACGGAAGCAUGACGCAGAUGGAGAGAACGGAUGUGUUUAAUCAGUACAAGAUGGCCAUGACGGGAGUUCUUCUUAGCACGGACGUGGCAGCCAGAGGUCUGGACAUGAGGAACAUCAGCUGGGUCGUGCAGUACGACCCGCCGGGCGCACCCGCCAACUACAUCCACCGCAUCGGCCGCACGGCGAGGAUCGGCAGCAGCGGCCAAGCCCUCCUGUUCCUCACCCCCGCCGAGGUGAAGUACGUCACCGUACUCAACAACCACAAUAUCAGUUUGAACGAGUUGCAGUGUGCGAAGAUCCUUCAGUGCCUGUUGGGAGAGGUCACGUGGCUGCACAGCCGCAAGAAGAGUGACAUCCCUCGUACACCAGAAGAGGCUGCUACUCGCCUUAUGAUGGUCAUGGAAAACUAUGUAUUGCUGAACAGCGAAAUGCACGACAUCGCAAGAAAGGCUUACGCGUCGUCUGUGAGAGGUUAUGCCACUCAUCCCUCGUCGCUCAAGCACAUAUUCCACGUUAGGAAUCUACAUCUUGGGCAUGUUGCAAAGAGCUUUGGACUUCGGGAAGCACCAAAAGCUGUUGGUCAUACUACCAGUAAAAGUCACACCAAACUCAGCAAGAAGCCUAAGCGAAAGCGAUUGCAUAUUGAAGCUGGCAAGUCAAGACCCAGGCCGAGUGGGUUGCAGAUGUCUGAUGCCAACCGCGUACCCAUUGGUCGCUCCAGCAAUUCCGUAUCUGAGUUUGGGAGUGGACUGUCUGACCGUGGGAAGUCUUCGAAGUCAUUGGCUCCGAAAGCAGUUCAUAAAGUUGGCAGCAAGGUCGUAAAAGACAGAAAGGCUAUCGCAGGUCGUCGAGUCUAUAUGAAAAAGCAAGUAGGAAAGUCAUCAACGAAGAAAAUCAAAAGUGCAUCACUAACCGCAGGCUGAUUGCUAAUCCUUGCUUCCAUUACUGAUCAUGAAGCACUUAUUAAUUAAUGCGUAGCGGCAUCAAAUGAUUUGGCCGCUGUAACAGCUCCUGUAUUUUAAAUGAUCAGAGUCUGCGUGAACAUUGAAUAGGUUUUUGUCUUCAUGAACUCACGAUCAAUUAUUAAUAGUGUUAAUAUGCAGAUAAGUAUAAGUUAAAUGCAGCGGUUAUGUGUUCGUGUUCGUUUUCUGUAAUAAACUUGUUAUUAUCGUGGCGCAACUUUA